CGCUCCUGCUGACGAUGGGAGACGUUCUUUGCGAGGAACUUGAAGAUUUGGUUCAUUUUUCAGUCCACGACCUGCCGACGAGAGGCUAUGUCGUCAUGGAGGAAAUACGACGUCAGGGGAAACUCUGUGACGUCACGCUCAAGGCCGGGGAUCACAAAUUCAGCGCUCAUCGCAUCAUUCUGGCUGCGUCCAUACCUUACUUUCACGCCAUGUUCACCAAUGACAUGGUGGAGUGUAAACAGGAUGAGAUCCUGAUGCAGGGAAUGGACCCCAGUGCUCUGGAGGCGCUAAUCAACUUUGCGUACAGUGGCCAUGUUGCCAUAGACCAGCAGAAUGUUCAAUCUCUUCUGAUUGGUUCGAGCUUCCUUCAGCUGCAGAACGUGAAAGAUGCCUGCUGCUCCUUCUUGCAGGAGAGGUUGCAUCCAAAAAACUGUUUGGGAGUGCGUCAGUUUGCCGAAACUAUGAUGUGCACCACGCUGUAUGACUCAGCCAACAACUUCCUGCACCAGCACUUUGUGGACGUGUCCUUGUCUGAUGAGUUCCUCAACCUGAAGACGGAGGAGGUGCUUGAGCUCGUUGGCUGUGAUGAACUUAAUGUGAAAACUGAGGAGCAGGUGUUUGAAGCAGUGCUAAUCUGGAUCCAUCAUGACCGGCACAAACGGGAGUCUUUUCUGCCGGAGCUGCUGUCGAGGAUCCGACUGCCGCUUUGUCGUCCUCAGUUUCUGACUGAGAAUGUCCAGCAGGAAGAACUUGUGCGCUGCUGCCAUAAAUGCAGAGACCUGGUGGACGAAGCCAAAGACUUCCACCUGAUGUUGGAGCGUCGGCCUCACCUUCCGGCCUUCAAGACCCGGCAGAGGUGCUGCACCUCUAUCACAGGCCUCAUCUACGCCGUGGGAGGACUCACCAGCUCAGGCGAUUCUUUAAAUGUGGUCGAGGUGUUCGAUCCAGUCGGGAAUUUGUGGGCACGUUGCCAACAAAUGAGGACGGCUCGCAGCAGAGUGGGUGUGGCUGUUGUUAAUGGACUGCUGUACGCCAUUGGAGGAUAUGACGGACAGUCACGCCUCAGCACUGUCGAAGUUUACAACCCCGAUACUGACAGCUGGACCAAAGUGUCCAGCAUGAACAGCCAACGCAGCGCCAUGGGAACGGUGGUGGUUGAUGGACACAUCUACGUGUGUGGCGGAUAUGAUGGAAAAUCUUCCCUCAACUCUGUUGAGCGUUACUCUCCUGAAACUGACAGGUGGACCGUCGUGACGGAAAUGAGCGCCAGUCGCAGCGCUGCCGGCGUGACAGUGUUUGAUGGACGCAUAUUUGUCUCUGGCGGCCAUGAUGGUUUACAGAUCUUCAACACAGUGGAGUAUUACAACCACCACACAAACCGCUGGCAUGUGUCGGCGCCCAUGUCUAACAAGCGCUGUCGUCAUGGCGCUGCAGCGCUUGGCAGCCACAUGUAUGUGGUGGGCGGCUACGACGGCUCAGGUUUCCUCAGCGGUGCGGAGGUGUUCAGCUCUGUGGCGGGCCAGUGGACCUACCUGGUGGCCAUGAACACGCGGCGCAGCAGGGUGUCUCUGCUGGCAAUGUCAGGCUGCCUUUACGCCAUAGGUGGAUACGAUGGACAGUCCAACCUGUGCUCCGUGGAGAUGUUUAAUCCUGACAUCGACCGCUGGACCUUCAUGGCGCCUAUGGCGUGUCACGAAGGAGGGGUGGGCGUCGGCUGCAUUCCCCUGCAGCCCACCUAAAUCCUCCAAUCACAGCUGCAGUCACUGACAUGCUGCAAGGUGAAGAAGACACGCUCCCCGGCCGUGCAGGGCCGUGCGGGGCACUCACUUCAGCAGUGCGUACGUCAAAGCACGCCAGGGACUUUGAGUACAAACUGUUAGCAUUGUGCUCUGAGCAAGCACGCUGGUAGGUGUUACCGCCAGCAGGAGGCACUGUGAGAGCAACGUGAAUUCUCAGCACUUACUGUCCAUGACAGGAGGUGGCACAAGGAAUUUCCUGCCGUCUGCGUCGUAUACCGUCUUCAAAAUAAAAGCACCAAGCUUGAAUGUAGUUUGUUAAAGAGGCUUUUAUUCUGGAAACAAGAGGAACAUAGGCUGUAGCCUAUACCUGUGUCCUCAUUUGUCCCAAAGUAAACAUGUUUUAAAAAGUUGUUGGAAGCAGAUGAAAUGAAGUGACAUUAAAGGUUGUGGAGUGAGAAGUAUUAUCGUUGUGCCU